CAUACUUGCUGAAUAGUCUAAGCAGAAGCAAGAGGUACCCGUAUGCGAUCAGGUUUGAACACGUUUGCGUUUGAGCAAAUGAUGGCAGGAGGAAAAGGCGCCUCUCCAUAAAGGCUUUGCUGACUUUUAUCAACACACCGGAAAGCCAUGAUGAUUGACUAAAGCGUACUUGAACUUUGUUGGGAUAGCAUCUUCUAGGUCGCAUCCUCGCGAAUGGAAGGUGCCCAGCAAGGUGGCCAGCAGCAAGGCGGCCGGCCAGCGGCCAUCGACGCUACAACGCUCUUUGUGGCGGCUUAUAGGGGCUACAUGCAAGCCGGCUUCGAUGAGGCCACCGCCCGGAGAAGUGCCGCACAAAUCCUCACCGCGAGGCUUGUCGCCCAAGGCAUCAGCCCUGCGGACAUCAACCGGCUAAUCGCCGCACUUUUGAUCCAGCGCGGCGGUGCAGCAGCAGGUGCUGCUGCAGCAGCGGCAGCGGCAAAUCCACAGCAGCAGCAACAACUGCAGGAGCAAUACGAACGUUACCGCCGCGAGCAUGAGCUUCGCGAGAGGCGAGCACGCGAGCGGGAGCGGGAGCAGCAGCAGCACCGGGAGGCUGCGCAAGCCCACGAUGAGGGCGGGGCGGAUGCAGAAGAGGACGCCGCGGUGGACAUUUAUGAGCAGUACAAGCCCUCCAAGGUGUCUGAGGGGCCGCCCCACCCCGACCCCAUCGUGGAGACCGCCUCGCUGGCCUCCGUGGCACCUCCCGACAUCACCUACAAGCACCACCUGCAGGAGAACCUGUCCCGCGGGGAGCUGUCCAAUGCGCAGCUGGAGACGGUGUUGUACGCCUUCCAGCGCUUCGAGAAGAGGCUGCCGGAUGGUUCCCGUGCGGGUUUCUUCCUGGGCGACGGGGCGGGGGUGGGCAAGGGGCGCCAGAUCGCCUCCGUCAUUCGGGAGUACUGGGCCACCGGGGGACGCAAGGUGUUAUGGGUGUCCACCAGCAAUGACCUGCGCUACGACGCGCGGAGGGACCUGGGGGACCUGGGGGUGGCGGAGGGGGAGAUACCCGUGUACCCGCCGCGCAAGGACAAUGUGCCCGCCGGCCCCCUGGACCGCGCCUACCCCAAUGGUGGAGUGCUCUUCAUCACAUACUCGCUGCUGGUCUCCAAGGGCAGCUACCGGCCCCCUGCUAGGAACAGUGCAGGAGGAGGAG